AUGUCCAAAACAUUUUCCAAAGACUUAGUAGAAGAUUUUAAAAGUCUAUAUGAAUCCAAAGAACAUUAUGACACGAUUAUUACCGUUGGUGAAGAACCAAAUAUUGAACAAGUUUAUGCCCACUCUGUAAUUCUAUGUACUAGAUCACCUUAUUUUCGUAGUGCUUUAUCUAAUAAAUGGGCUGAAAGAAGUGAAGGUUAUUUGGUUUUAUCUAAACCCAAUAUAAGCGCAUUAACAUUUAAAAUUAUUCUUAAGUUUUUGUAUUGUGGAGUAGUAGAUUUGGAAAAUCAAGAAAAUGAAACAAUCUUAGAACUUUUGAUUGCUGCAGACGAACUUUUAAUUCAAAGGCUCAUCGAUUUUAUUCAAGAAUUUUUAAUCAAAAAUAGUUGUAAAUUUUUACAAUCAAGACUCGUCAGAAUGUUAAGUUUCAUUACACAUAAUAAGCAAUUUAAUGAACUUAAAGACGCUUAUUUGGAAACUAUUUGCGAAAAUCCCAAAUUACUAUUUGACUCCGAGGAAUUCCUUUUAUUAGAGGAAGAAGCGCUAAAAUUAAUUCUCGAAUGUGAUAAUCUUGACAUGAAAGAAAGUAUUAUUUGGAAACAAAUAAUCAAAUGGGGAAUGGCACAAUGUACGGCAAUUGAAAAUAACAUGAUGUGUGAAGACACCAAGAAUGAAAACGCUAAUAUAUUAGAAGAGACAUUACGCGAAUUGAUUAAGCUUAUUAGAUUUCAUCAAAUAGAUCGAAAGGAAUUCGUACCUGAAGUAUGGACGUAUAAGCACCUUCUGCCAGAUAAUUUAAUUGAAGAUAUAAUACGUUGUUAUUUGGAUUCAGACGCAAGACCAAUGUACCACGCAUUUUUAAUUAGAUGGGGUAACUUUAAAAUGGAAUCCGAAUUAAUUGAUAAGGAAAUCGCGUUAAUGAUGACAAAAUGGAUAGAUAAGAAAACACUUGAUGAAGAGAUGUCCAAAGGAUUCAAAUAUCAUUUUAAUCUACUUUUCAAGAGUAGUUUGGAUGGGCUUUCGUCUCAAAACUUUCAUCGUAAUUGCGAUAACAAAGGAGCAACGAUUGUAGUUGCCAAAAUAAAAAAUACAGACUUGCUCAUUGGUGGUUACAAUCCACUUGAUUGGAGUGGAGCUGAGUGGAAACAAACAACGGAUAGUUUCUUAUUCGUCUUAGAUUGUAAAGACAUCAAAGGAGGAGUAGUAUCCCGUAUUCAUAAUAAUCACAGUUGUUAUGCAAUCUAUUGCGACGGUGAUUGUGGACCAAGUUUUGGAGAAGGACCCGAUUUUCAUAUUACAAGUAAUAGCUAUACUUUGAAAUAUAAAGCAAAAUCCUACCCUAAAAUGGUGACCUCACAUACACUUACGAUCUCAGAAUAUGAAGUCUUUCAAGUUGAAUGCAUCGAAAAGCUUUCUAUUCCUAUUAUUCCUAUUCAAGAAGGUUAA